AUGAAGACCACACUCGCCUCUCUUGCUUCUUUCGUACUCUUGGCGAGCUGCGCCUCUGCUAGAACCGUCUUCUCCGCUUUCUCUGUGAAUGGAGUUUAUGAAGGCCUUGCCGUUGGUGUGCGUGUUCCGGCUGCCAACACUCCCGUUACAGACAUCACUUCGAACGACAUCAUUUGUAACACCGGCUUUGAACAGCCUGUUUCGGAUGCGGUCAUCACCGUCCCUGCAGGUGCCACAGUGACCGCCUCAUUCCACAAGACCUCUGCUGGGUAUCUUGGACCUGAUCCUGCGGACCCAAUCGACCCUGAAGACAAGGGCCCUCUGACGGCGUACCUAGCCGUCGUCCCUGACGCGACUCAGGCAAAUGUCACCGGUCUGAAAUGGUUCAAGAUCUGGGAGGAUGGCUUGAGCGGUCAGCGGCAAUGGGGUUCCGACCGUCUGUUCAUCAACGGCGGAAAUGCUACCUUCACAAUUCCCUCCUGCAUUCAAGACGGGCAAUACUUACUACGCGUUGAGGAUAUCGCUCUUCAAUCUGCCACCGCGUACCCAGGCGCCCAAUUCUUUAUGAGCUGUGCCCAAAUUGAGGUGACGGGCGGAGGCAGCGCUGUUCCUGCUACCGUCAGUUUCCCUGGUGCCUACACCUCCACGGACCCCGGCAUCGUCGCGAACAUCUACACCCUCCAGAGCUACACGCCCCCUGGCCCUGCUGUUUUCACUUGCUGA